GAGGUGGACUGGGAGGUGGAGCUGGCCGCUGUCAUUGGGAAGGCAGGGCGGCACAUCGAGGAGGCAUCGGCCAUGGACCACGUCGUGGGCUUCACGGUGGCCAACGACGUCAGCGCCCGCGACUGGCAGAUGAGGAACGGGAGGCAGUGGCUGGGGGGGAAAACCUUCGACACCUUCUGUCCCCUGGGGCCUGCGCUCGUCACCAAGGAGGCGGUGACAGAUGUCCACAACCUGCACAUCCGCUGCAGCGUCAACGGGCGCCUGAUGCAGAACAGCAGCACCCAGCAGCUCGUCUUCCCCCUGCCCUCGCUCAUCGCAUGGGUGUCCCGGUGG